UUCACGUACAUCGAAAACUGUUCCAUUCUGUUUCCUUCUUCACUUCUGGCCAACUUUAUGUCUGGCCCCACACGUUUGGGGAGGGCUUUGUUCACUUCCCUGCGCCGAGGGGAAGUGAAAGGAGAGAAGAGCGGCUCCACUGCAGGAAUCCGGAUAUGAUGAAAAUGUUUGAGACGCAACUAUCCUCAGCAAACCACCGCCACUGAACGUCGACCGCGUCGAGAGGACUAUUGUUGAUAUUUUGCCACACGUCAACAGCAUCUGGACCAAGUUGGAAACCGGAGUUGCUAAAGUUUCCCGGAGGGAAAAAAACAAAGUUGCUAUUUUACCCAGUUUCGUCUUUUUCCCUUCAAAGUUUCGGGAAAGGAGUCGGAGGGAGGGAGGAAGGAAGGAAGGAAGGAUGGGAAUACGUCCAGUGUGAAGCGUUGUCAUGUUUGAAAGCCGGAGCUGAUGAUGAGACAUUGGCUUUCACCGCGCCGAGGGGAAGGGAGCAACUUCUUCUGAGUGUGUGUGUGGCCCCAAAAAGACUAGUGUCUCAUGUCCAAGGACACCGUCCCUCCUCCGGAUGGGCCGGCGGGGCCAGGGAAGGGCCCUCAGCAGGAGACAAGUCCCCUACUGUCAGCCUCUCAAGAUGCCUGCGACAGUGAACCGUCGGGAAGAACGCCGUCUCCGAGGAAACCGUCCGCCGAAAGGCCGAGGCACGCGACAGAGGAGACGCCUGAUGACAGCGAGCCUGUCAGAACACAACCGCAGUCCCAGACAGUGGCCUCGCAGCCGGCCGAGGGAAACGCUGGCAGGGACCAAAAUGGCCUUCGCCACAACGGCUCAGGCCCGCCCGCGCUAAGCAACGGAGCCACGCACACGUGCUCCUGCGGUGCCAACGCCAGUGCAGGCGCUGCGGCGGGUGGGUCCGGACCUGGCGCGAGAUCAGUGGCAGCCGCGCCGCCGACGACGACGGCGACGCAGCAGCAGCCCCGGAAGCAGCCGCCCACGCCCGUGUCGCAGAGGGUGCAGAGGAAACUGAGGUCCAGCUUGUCGGUCAACAGCGACAGCAGCAGACGCAGUAAAGGCAGCUCCACGGGGUCGCAGAAGCCUCCUUUACCAGAGGACUGCUGCGUCCACUGCAUCUUGGCCUGCCUGUUCUGCGAGUUCCUGACACUUUGCAACAUGGUGGCGACGCAGGCCUCGUGCGGCGCCUGCACACCGGAGGCCUGCUGCUGCUGCUGCUGCGCGGACGACCUGGGCGACGACUGCAACUGCCCCUGCGACAUGGACUGCGGCAUCAUGGACGCCUGCUGCGAGUCUUCGGAUUGCCUGGAAAUCUGUAUGGAGUGCUGCGGCAUCUGCUUCCCCACAUAGCGAGACAACUGGAAGAAUGAGUUGGAAAUUCAGCAACAGACAGAACGUGACUGUGUGUGUUUGUCUGCUAGUCCACGUGUGUUUGUGGAUGUCUUUUUUUUUUUUUUUUUGAUGACCGUUGAGUGUGUGCGCGCAGUAACCUCUGCUGCAGGUGUGCCUGAGGAAAGCAUGCUUUGAAAGAUGUAUUUUGACACUGGGUCAUUCCAUCAAAACCAGCUGAGCAGAAGCUAUAAGUGCCUCCUCCUCGUCUCCGGUGUGUCGGAAAUUGUUUCUUUCAAGGCACAAUGAGUGGGAUUUUAUUGGUUGCGGUUUGUCAUCACAUCAAUACAAUUUGUCGCCUCAACAAGGGUCCACGAUGGGUGGAGACCGACGCCAGAUUCACUUUUGUUUUGCCUCGGGUGUUUCCGGGAUGCAUUUGCCAUUUUUAUUACCCUCUUCUUGGAUGCGUGCUUGCAAUCUCGCACCUACUCCAUUUUUAUUGAGUAUUCUCGCCACCCCAAACAAAGCAGAAUAAGGCGGAGGGCAGGGUCUCUGCAGACAGUCGUACCACCUACAUUCAGUUAUAUCUAAGUGAAGAUUUAGUGGGAUCAUUUUUUGUAUUAGUCUAAACAUUUCUUGAACUUGAACGGAAUUUGACACCCCUGUUCGCUAAAGUAAUUGUUUGAACGCUUCACUCCUCUGAUUUUACUGGAUUGGGGCCUAACGGUGCUGCCCUGUGUCGUCCUGGUUCUGGUUGUCCAUGCAUUCCUUCCCUCCAGCAGAGUAGGCCUGUAUGGCCCAGGUAGGAGUGGAGAGGCCCCGCUCUGCUGCAGAGGCUGCAGCGACAGCAACAGCCCCGAUAACAAGCAUUAAGAACAACUAUAUAUAGAAAUGGACGAUAUUCUCACUGGGGGGGGUCUCGUUUACUUAUGUUUGCCAUGUAGAGGCAUCCGUAUUAAAUUGAUUCAGUUUAAUACGGUAACCUUUUAAGUAUUCUCUUACAUAAGACGUAUUAUUACAGACCGCCUUAAAGAUUUUUCUGUUACAUCCGAAAUGCUCUCUAAUUGUAUCUUAUCGUUUCAGUCAUUGUGAGAAAAAAAACGUAAUGAUGCAUUUACUCUGAUUUUUAUUUUUCCAGUAUGUUUUAUGCUCAAAAUCUGAGGUUACAGUCUUCGUACUGUACAACACUGUAAAAGGUUUAAGUGGCACUUCAUACAUUCAUAGUUGCAUAUUGUAGUUUUGCAAGUCUCAUAUACAGUUAUUUACUGUAGCACUGUAGAACAGUUCAAACUGGUGAAAUAUCAAAGGUGAAUCACAAAUGCUACUUUCUAUAACCAAAAGCAACGCAUGUGCCUUUCUUGGUUCUUUGUGCAUUUCUAUUCCAAGCAUACUUCUUAAUCGACGAUGCCUGUACCUGAAACAAACUGGACAAAAAUGCUGAUAAGCACAUAUUUAUUUGCUAAAUCCUGGUGGCAGGUCAAUGAAAGCACGUUUUAUCAAUGGAUCGCACAUCACUCCACAUUUGGCAGUAUUUGACGCUUUGGGAUUACUAGAAAUACAGCGCAGAUACUCAAGAAAAAUAACAUCUCACUGCAGAGUAAAGAUAAGCAAUGUGUUUUCUUUAUCUAAUGUCAGCCAUCUACAAUCAGGCUUUCUCAGCUGCAUAUGGUACAAGUUUUUUUCCUGUGAUGCUCCAUACAUACCGUGUAAAUAUGUUAAACUGCACUCCGUUCAUGAGGGGUUUGAUUCGGAAUUAAAAACGGCGACCCUUGUGCCGCAUAAGCGGCUUUCGUGUAUCAGGCCUUGUGACUCGUAAUACAAAAAAAAAAAAAAAAAAGGAAUCACAGACUGUCAUGUUGGAAUGGUAAACUAAUGCAGGGUAAAGGCAGUUUUCCUCACCUUUUCUCCCCUCGGUUCCCUAGUUCUGUGUAUCUCGAGAUGAGUUUUUGGUGAAUCACCAGCGGAGUCAUUCCCUUCCCCUCGGAGAUCCGCUUUGAUGCUGUUCAAGUGAUGAUCGGUAAUGCUGGCCUUCAUUAGCGCUGCUUGCUAACUGGUUACAAAAAGUGUCCCAUCCGGCACGCCAAACAAAGAUAAUGUGCUGUCAUGUACGGAUCGUCUUAAUGGCGCACCGUUAUUGUGUGUGAGGAGGUUGGAGAGGAACCUCUGCAGCAGAUUCUGAGCAGAAAGUAAAACCUCAUUUACAUGUUUAUGAUUAACUCACGCCAAGAGUAUCAAAGAACAUGAUAGAUAAUGUGAAGAAUUCAUCUAAAAAGAGAGAAAUGUAUACAUUGCUAUGUAGCUACAGUAGUUAUGUUGUCUAUUUCUAUUCUGUGCUUGACACUUGGUCCUUCUCAUUUUCAUCUCAAUUUGUCAAUUUUAGAGGGUCACAGCUCAUGUUCUUACUUUUGUACAUUAUCUUCAAUCUCAGAAAAGUUUGAAAAAAAUAAA